UGCGGGAAACUAGACGCACCCGAUUCGUCAUAUCACAAACAGAGAUCCGACAGAAUGGACGUUUAUCAAAUUGACGAUGGCUUCCACUCGGAUGGCGGUACCGAAACCCCGCCACCAUCGCCCAGUUCCGGUUCCUCGAUUGCCUCGACCUCCGAUCAUGGCUCGCUAGAGAGUGUCGAUACGGGCGGUACACAACGUCUGGCUGUGCUGUCGUUUGAACAGGUGCGCAAGCUGCAUCAUGUCAUGGAUGAAAAAGUGGCCAUACAUGGACGGGGUAAUUUCCCCACACUGGAAGUAACGCUAAAAGACUUGGUGAAUUUGGUGAGGCGCAAACUGGAGGCAGAUGUCGCUUCGGGCGGCGCCGGUGUGAUAGUCAAAGAUAUACGUUUAAAUGGCGGAGCAGCUAGUCAUGUCUUGGCUUCCGAGGAUCAGCCAUAUAAUGAUCUGGAUUUAAUAUAUGCCAUUGAGCUAAGCUCACCACGUCACUUCGAUCGCGUUAAGACAGCGGUACUGAACACAUUGCUCGAUCUCUUGCCGGAGGGCGUGUCGAAGCGACGCAUUAUGCCCUGUGCCCUCAAAGAGGCCUAUGUCGGCAAAAUGGUCAAGGUGAAUAAUAACAACGAUGGCGAUCGUUGGUCGCUCAUCUCGUUGGGCAAUUCGCCCGGUCACAAAAAUGUUGAACUGAAGUUUGUCGACACAAUGCGGCGACAAUUUGAAUUUUCCGUAGAUUCAUUCCAAAUUGUUUUGGACUCAUUGUUGUUGUUCUACGACUGUGCCGCAUUACCCAUAUCGGAGAAUUUCUAUCCCACCGUGGUGGGUGAAUCUGUGUACGGUGAUUUCCAGGAGGCCUUGUAUCAUUUGCAAAAGAAAUUGAUCUCAACGCGGCAGCCCGAAGAGAUAAGGGGCGGCGGUUUGCUCAAGUAUUGCAAUUUGCUGGUGCGCAGUUACACACCGGUUGAUACACAGCGCAUCAAGACCCUGGAGCGUUAUAUGUGCUCGCGUUUCUUCAUUGACUUUCCGGAUAUAAAUACGCAGACGGUGAAAUUGGAGGCAUAUUUGCGCAAUCAUUUCUGGGGCGUCGACGAGGAGCCCUUGCAGUACCAGUACCUGAUGCAUUUACGUGAGGUGGUCGAGAAUUCGACGGUGUGCCUGAUGGGUCAUGAGAGACGGCAGACGCUGAUGUUGAUACAGAGUUUGGCGGCCCAGGUGUUGUACAAGGAGCAACAGAAACAAGUCCAUGAACAGCAACAGUAUCAGCAACAGCAGCAGGCGAUAAAUGAGCAGCAUCAGCAGCAGCAACAACAGCAGCAUCAGUCACAACAGUCCCAUGCAAAUACAUUGACACUGGUGGCUGCAACGCCGCCACAACAGCAGCAGCAGCAUCAUCAUCAGCAACAACAUUCACACCAUCAGCAACAGCUCUCAUCACAGCAGCAGCAACAAACAUUAGUGCAGCCUCAAACGACCACCAUCUAUGUACAACAGGUUCCACAAACGACGCCACAAAAUGUUGCCACAACAGCCACUCUAUGCUGUGCCAUGUCAACCGCCGCUCCCGUUGAUCCAACGCAACAACAACAACAGCAGCAGCAGCCACAACAGGUGUCAAGCUCACAACAAGCGGCGCAGCAGCAGCAGCAGGUCACAGCCGCCGCAGCCAAUGCCACAGCGAUGCCACAAACCAUACAAAUACCGGCGGGACCGCCAAGUCUCAUCUAUGCCAAUGGCAUCUAUUAUGCACCCAUGAUUCCCGCUACAAUUUGCACUUGCAACUCGACAUGGUUGAGCACGUGAUUAAGUGUGCCAUCA